CGCAUCAUGAGGCUGAAGUGGGGGUGGGAAAGACAUGACACACUGCUGGUCUCAGGCCUGACAUUGGCCAUCAUAAGGAUGAAGAGGGACUGCUGGUCUUCCACAAGGAGCAUGUGCUCUGGGCUUUAUGAGCAAAGGCCCUGACAGACCACACCCUAAGUCUAGGGGUACCAAACCAAUCAGAGAAAGCCUCCUUCCAAACUGGAGGCCAAAUGGGCCAGUCUCCCUCUGUAAGCCAAGCCAACAUGGAAUGGGGAACAUGUCUGGGUGGCUUUGGCCUUCGGCCUGGUCCACCCCAUCUACACCUGGAAGAGUCUGGUCUGUUUUUUACCUGCCUUGGAUUCAGGGACCCUGAAGGGAUGGAUGGUCAUUUCACCCCACUGGUGGGGAAGGCAAGGAAAAAGAUGGAGUCAGAGUUCCUCUAUGACCUGUUGCAGCUCCCAAAGGAGGUAGCUCAGCCCACGGAGGAAGAGCUUCAACGAGGAGGAAAGAAGAAAUAUCUGUCCCCCAAUUCCAAGAGGAACCCCAAGUUUGAAGAACUGCAGAAGGUGCUGAUGGAAUGGAUCAACACCGCACUCCUCCCAGAGCACAUUGUGGUCCGCAGCCUGGAGGAGGACAUGUUUGAUGGGCUCAUUCUGCAUCACCUGUUCCAGAAGCUGGCAUCGCUCAAGCUGGAAGUGGAGGAAAUCUCUCUGACCUCGGUCAGCCAGAGGCGCAAGCUAGGGGUCAUCCUGGAGGCCAUCAACCAGAGCCUGCAGGUGGAAGAACAGCAGGCCAAGUGGAGCGUGGAGACCAUCUUCAACAAGGACCUGCUGGCCACCUUGCAUCUCCUGGUGGCCCUGGCCAAACGCUUCCAGCCGGACCUGCCCCUCCCAGACAACAUCCAGGUGGAAGUCAUCUACAUUGAGAGCACCAAGACAGGCCUGAAGUCGGACAAGCAGGUGGAGCAGCUCACGGAAUGCAACUCACACAAGGACCAGCCUUCACAGGACGCCUUUGAUGAAUUAUUUAAGCUGGCUCCAGAGGAAGUGCAUGCUGUCAAAGAGGCCAUCGUGAGCUUUGUCAACCAGAAGCUAGAGCGCCUGGGCCUGUCUGUGCAGAGUCUGGACACCCAGUUUGCAGAUGGCGUCAUCCUGCUCCUGCUGAUUGGACAGCUGGAAGGCUUUUUCUUGCAUCUGAAGGAAUUCUAUCUUACUCCCAGCUCUCCCACGGAAAUGCUUCACAAUGUCACCCUAGCCCUGGAGCUGCUCAAGGAUGAAGGCCUGUUCAGCUACCCCGUCAACCCUGAAGAUAUUGUAAACAAGGAUGUCAAGAGCACACUGCGGAUACUUUACAGCCUGUUCCAGAAGCAUUCACUGAGGGCAGAGGGCAACGGGGCACACCGUGGUACCCCAAACUAGUCACCUCUACCUCCCCAAAGCUGUUUCUCAGGAGCUGCUGCCUCUGGAGGACCCAGCAGUCCCAGGUCUCCCCAUGCCAGCCUCGUUACUGUGGCUUGGGGACAUGCUUCCCUCCUGCCCUUGUCCUGCUUAUCUUUGACCCCACCAGAUAGGGCCCUAUAGUUGCACCCACCCCUGCUUUGCUCCAUGUAUUUUGACAGCUGUAUGAAUUGUAUUUAUGUGGGUGGGUGGGGGGGCUCUGCAUGCCUGUGGACUCCUGGGUUAGCCUUUGACUGUGGUGAAUAAGACUUUGGUUCUCAGGCUAGACCAGCUCUCAUCAACCUCCAGUCUGUCUACUAAAGCUAUACCUUGGUAGUCAGUGGCUGCUCAGACCCCACAAAGCUGACCAGGCUCUUUGGUGUCAAGGCUGAUCAUCUGAGGCCAUGACCUCUGUACACAUAGUUCCUGGUCAUCUAUCUCCCACUUGGGCUGAUGAGCCCAGGACCAUUGCCCAAAGACCAGAUCCUCAUGUAGGAGAAAUGAAUUGAGUUUCUUGUCAGAGGACUCUGGACAGGCUAUCCCUAUAGCUGCAGUCCUAAGCUCAGCCUUGAGCCCGAGGGAAGAGAACCUGGAGUCGGUUCUUGGGUUCAGGUUAUCUCCGGUCUGCAUUCUGUCUCAUGAGACUUAGUGUCUUCUGCAAAGAGAGAGAAACAGCUGAAGAACUGAGCUGGGUCCAGGCUGGAGGAGAAGCUGUGGGGGGGAUGCAAGGCAUGGGGUUCAGGGGCACAGAGACAUAGGGGUAUAGGGAUUCAGGGGUGCAGGGAUGUAGGGAAGUUAGCCUAGCUGUUACUCCCCUGGAUUCUCCCCUGCUUGCUCAACUUCAGUUCCCUGUGACCAAAGUCUUUUAGGUUUGGGGGUGUAUAGCCGAACAGCUUUGCCUUUGGGGGACUUUGGAGCAGAGUCUGGACAGGGAAGGCCACCCCUACAACAACAAUAGACAGAGCUAGGUGACCUGGGGCUCUGGUGUCUGAUGUGGAGAGGCCAGGCGCUUCUCUCUACCCAGCUCCAUUCCACCUGUCCAUUUGGCCCUAUGCAGGCUACUCAUAAGUCUUAGAGGGCCCCAUCAGAUAUCUCCUCUGUCUGCUGCCUCUGGGACAUGUACCCCUGCCAUAUCAAGGACAUCCUCACAGUAGCUGGCUCCAACUCUCUCUACCUGCUCAGGUAAUCCUUCCAUGGAGACCUUCCUCUCUGCCUUGUCUCUUCUCUCUGGAGCAUCCUGAGCCAUGGUGGAAGCUUGAACCCCUCUGCUUCUUUACUGGAGGCUUGGCAGGUCAAAGCUGGAGUCCACGCUCAUCUCUUAGGCUCUGGCCUCCCUCUCUCCCUUCCUCUUCCCUGCUUGCUUACCCUCCUGGUCCUUGCAUGUCCUCACUUCUACCUCCUUACCUCCUGUCUGAUAGGAGAUUUGAAUCAUAAGGAGAAGCACUCUUGCAACUUUAUGGAGGAAUAAAUAACAUUUACCGGUUUAAAUGCAGGACUUAAUGAUACCUGACAAACAGACGCAGUCAUAUCCCUCUAACUAGAAGGCUCAAGGCCUAAAACAUCCGGUCACCUACAUCCUGCCCAUCAGAGCCCUGGUCUUAGAAGGGGAGACCUGCUUUCUGUUACUGCCUUUUCUGCAUCUCUUAGAAAGUGCAUCAGAGAGCAAGUGGCCUUCCUUCCUCAUGGUGCUGAGCUUUGGUCUACUGCUAUGUAUUGCAAUGCCAAGUUCUGAAUCCUAAGUCAUUGCCUCUUGAGGCAAUUACCUCAAGACAAGUGAAUUCUCAUGUAUGCCAGCUUUUGUUAUGCAAACUUCUUAAUUUAAAACUAUUGGUUGAAUAAAAAUGCCUGUAGCCUGUGGCUGGGCAGAAGAAAGGUA